AUGUACCUGCCUGCAGCGACUAUAUCCGCCACCAUGGCGACUGAGCCUACAGACGGAGGAGCCCUCAAGCUCAGCCCAGAAGUGUCCUCCACAACAGCCACCUCAGUAUACAUCAAGUGGGCCUGGGAAGGGCUGGGCCCUGUUCAUGUCCGGGGCUUUAGAGUCCACUACCACAGGCUGUCCAGUUCUUAUGUCCAGCACAGCGUGCUGCUACCACCCAGCGCAAGUUCCUAUGGUAUCGGAAAUCUGGUAGCUGACACUUACUAUAAGGUCUGUGUGACCAUGUAUUACAAUGACACAUCAAUACCACUGAAGGAAUGUGUGGACGCAUCGACGACCAGCUGGCACAUCCCAGUUUCUAUUGGUUCCAGCAUUGGCGCGGUGCUGGCUCUGUCCAUCAUCGUGUUCAUCAUCCUGCUGGCCCGCUGCCCAGGCUUGGCCAGGCAGCCCCGGACUGCGGCAGCCGAGUCCAGCAAAUACGACUCCAUUGACACAACGACCUACUGCCACGAUCGGGACGACGACGUGUUCUCUCAACACAGUGAAGGAGACAGUCUCACCGAUUCCAAGACGCUUUCCCGACAAAACCACCAUCAUCACUAUCACAACCACAACCAUUAUUCACCGCAGAGCCUGGCUGAAAGACUGUAUACAGGCACACGAAUGGUAAAUGGGGUGACUAAACCCAUGCCAUUAGGCAGCGUCGGGCGAACUCUCUCUCUCACAGACAGGCGUCACCACCCCAACAACGCGCACAAAUCACGACAAGCCAGGCUGGCGCAUCUGCACGCCAACUUUCACUCAAUUCAGUCAGAACCAGGCAGCACCAAGUCACGACCAUCUCCUCGCAUUAGCAUCACCGAUCUCCCUGUUUCUUCCGUCAGUGCAGACUUCCCGUCAGGACGUAAAACCCAUAGCAGUGCGUCCUCAACGAAUGUCAAUAACAACAGAGUAACGGUUUCACGUACAUCCUGCUACAGGCCAACGGGGUUCAGGGAAAACCCUCGACUGAUGUACAGAAUAGAGUCUGCAAAUUCCACUUCAGAACCUUCAAUGGACGUGAAAAAUAAUGAACCAAAACGGAAGCCACCAGCGCUAAAGAACUUGCCAAAGACUUUACAUAUGAGUAUUGAUGGCGACACGCUGGUGUAA